AUGAACACCUUACAACACCGAGCCUCACCUGCUUUUGCGGUUACCAGCGCUGGUCUGGUCGGAGCUCGGCCUGCCCGGAAAGCACACCGACACUGCGUAACGCUGUGUCCAACAGACCCCAAAGGUGUCGGAGCGUGUUUUCGGAUACGAUUCCAUAAGCGAACUUGUUCUUUGCGAGCUGGACAAGAGCGAGGCACCCUCAUGAUGACAGAGCCCCUUGCGGCGCAACAGGAGGAGCUAGUGGACUGGCUGCCUGCUGGUGCGCUCGAAAAGGACGUCAUGCGCAAGUUCGAGUACGUGCGCGAUGAACUGAGCAAUAGAGAGCCCCUGUCGUUUCGAUUAAGCUACAUGUCAGAGGCACCGUCGCGAGAUAUCCGUGCCAAGUUGCGAAGACGUCGCGGUCGUCUCUCCGUGGUGGUCGACCUCAAGCGACGUUCAGCAACCUCUGAACCUGCGCGAGAGUUUCACGCCUUGAAUAUGUACGCCGCUGCCGAGAUACUUUCGGAUCUAAGAGCGGAAAUACCACUUGGAAGCAAAUUUGGACUCGACGGGAUUAUGGUUAGCGUCGAUUCGGAACUCUACGAUCAAGACUGUGCAAGUCUAUCAGACUUUGCGCGCCACUGGAGGUAUUUUCACCGAGAGGACCCGAGCACAGCACCCCCUAUCAUCUACAAGGACAUUAUCGUCCACGAACUGCAGCUGGCGGAGGCCGCAGAGGCCGGUGCCAAGGCCGCCUGUUUGGUCGCCGGUGCAUGCCUGCCGGACCUCGAGAAACUCCUGAACGCGGCAUACAUUCUCGGGAUGGAGGUGCUCGUAGAGGUCCAUACGGAAGAGGAGCUGCAGUACGCUUUCGAGGCAGGAGCCGGUAUCUACGUGUUUACGGAUGUGGAUCGCGCUCGUCGACGAGUUGUUAAGGGUCGCGCUGUUGACUUGAUGGACAAGUACCGGGUAGAUUUGCGCAACGCUGGAGCAGUGUGCCUCGGCAGUGGACGCAUUGAGACGCUUGAACAAGUUGAACAGUUACGUGACGUUGGCGCCGACGGCAUCGUUAUCGGUGGCAAGCUCAUGGCUUCGAUCGCAAGAGGCGAUGUGGAAGCGCUCGCCAGUGUCCUGCACUCGCUCCUCGUUGCGGAUCUGUAA